CCUAAAAAACGGAGCUCUCUCUCCUCUUCCUGCCUAGUCUGCAACCUCACCUUCCCCUUCUCCACUCUCUCCUUGUCCAGCUCGAUUCCGUCGCGGUUCAUCUCGUCUCGAACUCCGACAGGCGCCAGCGCGUUGCUCUGCUCGUUCCGCCGCCGGGACACCUCGGGCGGCUGCCCGACCUCGCCUCAGUGGUGGAUCCGCCCCUGCAUGUGAGCAUCGCCGCCGCCGAGCAUUUCAGAAGAAAGGCUGUAUGCAGGCUUGCAACUUUCUGUUAAGCUCAUCAAGGUCUCCUUGGCCAGAGCCAUGGCCGCCAUCCGGUGGAUUCCGGGUUGCAAGGCAUAGUGGUUACUUCUUGGGGGCCCGAAGACUAUCCAGGUUGAAAUGUAGAAUCCUGUGCUGUCAGCUGCAGCACUCUACUUAUUCAGUCCAUAGUCAGAAUGAGCAGGAAAAAUAUUCUUGUAUUGAUCAGGCAACAUCGUAUCUGCAUGUACAAUCUCUUAGGAAUUUUCCCAUUGAAAAACUUUGUGGAGAGGUGGUUGUGGUGCGACUUGAUUCAGCACUUCUCUUGGGGUCCCUAGGACCAUGCAGUUUAUCAUUGAAAAUGACACUGUUAACUAUCAAAUACUUGCACAAAGCAAGAGCAAAAGUGGUUAUAGUCACCAGUUGGGAUACAGUUCCUCAAUCUGAUAAUUCAGUGAUCAAGUCAACUGAGUCUUUUGCAGAGUAUUUAUCAUCACUUCUUCAAGCACAAGUCAUCCCAGUAAAUGGUGUGCCUGGUUUAGCACCAUUUAAGCAGGAAGAGUGGGUGCAGAACGAUAUUAUCUUGUUUGAAAAUCUUCUAAACUUCAAAGGAGAAGUUGCUAACUGCAAUGAUUUUUCUCAGAAGCUAGCUUCAGGUGCUGCAAUAUUUGUCAACGAUUCUUUCUCACUGUCUCAUAAGAUUCUUGCAUCAACUGUUGGUAUCACCCGCUUCUGCUAUGCAUCUAUUGCUGGUUUCCAUUUUGAGGAGGAGCUUAUGCAGUUGCUAAAGAUCACUGACAGCACGAGGCGCCCAUAUAUUGCAAUUAUUGGAGGUAGUAAUUUCUUGAGAAAGGCACCUGCUCUUCGUCUGUUAGCCUCUCUAUGUGAUGGAUUGUUCUUUGUUGGAAAACUAUCGUUUCAAAUAAUGAACGGCCUUGGAAUGCCAGUGCCCUCCCGUUUCAUAGAAAGAAAUGCAGUUAUUGAAGUACUACAACUUAUUCAAGUCGCUCACCAUAGGAACAUUCCUAUUUAUUAUCCAACAGACCUCUGGUGCUUGAACAAUGACAACAAUGAAAAAUUGGGAAUCUUUAACUCUACUGAACUACCAUGUGGCUGGACACCAGCUGAUAUAGGGCCAUCAACAUUGGAGAUUUUUUUUUCUUUAAUACCAUUAUACAAGAAGAUACUAUGGAUUGGUCCUACAAACUAUGAUUUAACAGAAGAAUUUUCAGUUGGAGUGACACAGUUGGGUCAAAUACUGGAAAAGGCAAGCUCUGAUGUUAUUUUAGUGGGGAGUGCAGCAUGCAAGGCAGUAAAAGGAAUAUCAGAUUCCUCGUCUCGAUGUACAGAAUUUCAAAAUGCCUCUGUUGUUUGGGAAUUCCUCAAAGGACGAAUAUUGCCCGGUAUAGCAGCAUUGGAUAAACGUUACCCCUUCCAGAUACCAUGGAGCACUGUUUUCUCUGAUCCUACACUGCCCUUAGUUGUUGAUAUUGGAAGUGUUAGGUACCAGCUGGUUGAAAUCAGUGCAAUACGGAACAGCUCACCUCUGUGCCUAGAAAGCAAUGACAUUGCAGGAAAUGGUCUGUUUCUUUUUCAAAUGGCUAGAAAUUGUGAAAGGUCCAAUUUCCUUGGGCUUGAGAUGAAUGAAAAGCUUGUUAUAAGGUGCCUCCAGGGUUUAGCUUCAGAUGAGAAAAGGAACCUUUGUUAAGGCAUCGGUAUAUCGUCGCUAUGGCGGAAAAUCUGAGGUCGUAACGCCAACGCCACGGCUUCGGCGAGUAUGGUGUCUGAGCGCAAGUAGGCGGCCGCCGCCUCCACUGCUACCGCUGCCGGGACAAUCCCCAAGCCCGCUUGGGUCUCCCGUCAUGAUCUCCUCUGCCUGGAUCUCGCUGUGAUGCCAUCCGUUCGCCUCUCCGGCCUGCCACUCCGCCCGCCUCUCUGCCCAGCGCCCGCUACUGAGGAGUGAAGUAAAUAGCAAACUGUAGCAUCUCAGCGAACUAACAAACGAGUGAAGUAAACAGCAGCACUGCAGCAACAGUGUAGUACAGCACUGUAGCGCUGUGGCAGCAGUAGCGGAAUAGCAGUGUAGGCUUCAUUUUUCAUUCUAGAUUCACAAGGUACAACCACAUUCUAGAAUACCAGCCCCAUGAUGAACCAAGACCACUAACAGAGGCAUAUAUAGACUUACAAGUUACAACCACAUUCUAGAUUCUGUGACAUAAUCAGCUCAUAUUGUUCAUUGUCAAGAUAAAAUUGCACCACUAUAAUGUGUGUAUUCGCCAUGCCGAUGUGUGUAUGACGUCAUCACGCCAUACGCCAUAGGCGGUAUAAAGUUGUGAAGGUGGUGCGUCGCUGCGUCUCACCACGCCGCUGUAACAACUUUGAAUGUUGCCAUCCCGUGAGGUUUUAGUGUCAUUGUUCCUACAUAGCAAGGUCAUGCGCUUACUGGUCAUUUUUCAGUCUCUACACAAGGUUCUUGUAAUGAUUCCAAUCAUUUAUUCAGAAGUUUUUUUACCAACGAUUUUAUGAAUUUCAACAAAUAUUACUCUUUUCAUUUGUUGGGAUUUUUCUGUUUCCUUAUAUAUUUCAUCAUCAAUGAUGCGGUUGUUUUCUCU